GUAAGCUCGGAAAAAUUGUAAUUUUCACUGGUAUUAUGGUGUAUAUCGAAAUGAAAAGUUGAAUGAAAUGAAAGAGUGUCGUUUCUAGAAUCGUGAACUAGUGUUUUCAGUUAUUUCGUAAAAGAUUCGCAUCUUAUUCUGAAUGAUUAAAAUUUUCACACGAAAGACGGUUCCAUUAUUUGCAUACUGCUGUCUGCACCGAACUGUCUCGCUUGUGCAAAAGUACAGGUUGCUGGCCGCCAAUCAGGAGGUCAUUAAUAGUAAAAUUAAGCCUGAUAAGUAAUCCAAACUCAGACGAAAUAGUGAGUGAGAGGUUACGUGUAAAGGAAAAAAAUCGGCAAGAUCUUGAUAAGCGUACGACAGGCAGCCGCGAUAGAUUUGAAACCUACGUAUGUCUGAGCCUGGUGAAAUGACGAGAAUGUGGAUGAAUCGUUUACGGCGUGUGAGUUUUUCCGGAAGAAUUAGAUCAUCCGAAAUUGUGUUUAUCUAAAGGUGAAGAUUUAUGAUACAAAUGGAAGUUUUUAUCGCCUGUCAUUUCACUACUACUUAAUAAUAGCGAAAAGAGGUUGAGCAUCGGAUCAGGGAUUGGGUAUAAUUACAUCUUCUACCGAAACGAAAUGAUCUUGAGUAGCAGCCGCUGAAUUGGGCAGUGUCAGUAGUUUCUAAAUCUGGCGAAGGCACUACUGAGCACAACAAUUUAAGCAGCAGCGUCAGCGGAAACCGCACCAUCCCUAACAACAAUAGGGAAAACCGGAAAAUAAAAAUAAGAUCAUUGCCCUAACCAGAACGGUGGCCACAACAAAGUGGUGGACGGCCGAAAAUAAUUGCCGCACACAAUUUCGACGCAAGCUUUCCGAUUGAUUAGGCCAUACGGCGGGCCAAGUCCAUUGCAGCAAACGAAAGAAGAAGAAAACAAAAAAAACAACAACCGGCAUCUACGUUUCAUAAUCGUAAAAUCCAAACACAAAACCGUUACAAAUCGAGGCCGAACGAGUGCAAGAGAGCAACACCACACGAUCACGAGCCCCAGUUUUGCGAACGCAGUGAUCUUUCACUCGGCGAGGUGUGGACCAUUUCCUUCGGUCCGAAAAUCCAAGAAUCGAUCAAUCGGUUGGCCAAAGUAGAGCGACGAAUUACAAACCAGUGGCAAGAAAGCGAGAGAGAGAGGUGAAAAAAACUCCAUUCAUGUUCGACCAUGAAAUGUGACAUGGCAACAUUGACCAACGACAAACCCUGCUGCCACGGUACAAUCGCAAACGGCCGAUGAGCUGCAACGACUGGUGCAACUAACUUGCCCCACAUCCCGGUGCCUGGCGGUAGUGCGACACAGCCUAGUCAGCUAACACCAGAAAACAACAACUGACGAAAUUGUUCCGUUCAUAUGGUGAUGGCUGCUUUGGUGCAGUGAAGUGCUCGAAUUUUGUUCCUUAUAGUCUUCGAUGCUUAUUGGUUCGACCAAAGCAAAGCGACAAGGCUUCUCAAAACACCGACACUAGUGCAAUAUUACGGCAGCUCCUAUUGAAAGUGAAAUCAAUACAAAAAAAAAUAACGAAAGAGUGAAAUUAUUCCUUGCAUCGAAAAGGAAACAAAAUAGAAAAAAAAGAAAGUGGAAGUAGUUUAAUUAUUGUUGAUCAUUAAAGUGUACGUGUAAUAUUUAAUUAGGUGGGAUAUGGUUAAUAGUAUAUAGUGGAAAAAUAGGUUAACGUUAAAAAGCAUUCUUAUUACUACACUGCUCCAGUUGAGUUAAUUAUUGGAAGUACUACCAGUGAGACAUCAGUUAUCAGUAUUGACAACACCAACACCGAAAAAGCCGCAUCAUGAAACGGAUACCGAGGAAACCGAGCAGCAGCAGCUUGCCCGGCUUUAGUAUGGAUCGGGAGAGUUUGGCGGAAUGGGCGAAGGAUAAACCACUCAGUAUACUACAGCUGGACCCGGCAGAUCGUGCCGUUCUGAGAAUAGCAGACGAACGAGAUGCCAUACAGAAGAAAACGUUCACGAAAUGGGUCAACAAACAUUUGAAAAAGCACUGGAAGUAUCUAAAGACCUACACCCACUUACAUGUAUGUGUUGUCAUCAGUGGAAUACCCUGUUGCCCGCCGGCUGCCUCCCGGCGAGUAGACGACCUGUUCGAAGAUCUGCGCGAUGGACACAACCUUCUUUCGCUCUUGGAAGUACUAUCUGGCGAACAUCUUCCAAGGGAGAAAGGAAAAAUGCGUUUCCACAUGCUGCAGAACGCACAGAUGGCGUUGGACUUUCUGCGCUUCAAGAAAAUCAAACUGGUCAACAUCCGGGCGGAGGACAUCGUGGACGGUAAUCCGAAGCUCACCCUCGGUCUCAUUUGGACCAUCAUCCUGCACUUCCAGAUUUCCGACAUCGUCGUCGGACAGGAGGACAAUCUAACGGCACGGGAAGCCCUGCUAAGAUGGGCCCGCCGUUCCACAGCCAAAUACCCCGGCGUCCGGGUAAAUGACUUCACCAGCUCCUGGCGAGAUGGGCUGGCCUUCUCCGCUCUCAUCCACCGAAAUCGACCCGAUCUCAUCGACUGGCGAGAUUCGAGAUCGCGUCGACCGCGUGAACGACUGGAGCAGGCCUUCCACGUGGUGGAGCGAGAGUACGGCGUCACACGGUUACUGGAUCCGGAAGACGUUGACACCAACGAGCCGGAUGAGAAGUCAAUGAUCACCUACCUGAGCUCGCUGUACGAUGUCUUCCCGGAGCCGCCACAGAUUCACCCGCUCUUCGACAUGGAGUCCCAGCGGAGGGUACAGGAGUACCGAGAACUGGCUCAACAGCUGCUAUACUGGUGCCGGGAGAAGACUUCCCUUCUGCAGGAACGCGCAUUCCCAACGACACUGAUCGAACUGAAACGACUGCUGUCCGAUCUGAACCGUUUCCGAAGCGAAGAAGUGCCACCGCGGCAACGCGACAAACAACGACUGUUUAGCAUAUACAAAGAGCUGGAAAAAUACUUCGAAUCCAUCGGUGAGGUGGAUGUAGAAACGGAACUAAGGCCCGAAUCGCUGGAGAAGGCAUGGCACAGACUAAUGUCGGCACUGGCGGAUCGGGACAUGAUUCUGCAGCAAGAAGUGCAACGACUCGAACGACUGCAAAAGCUAGCAGACAAGGUACAGAGAGAGUACAAGCACACGGAAACCGUGAUUACCAAAAUCGAAACACGAAUCUCAGAGGAAACCCGGCGAAUUGAGCGGUUGCAUCCGGUCGAAGCGAAAAACAUCGUCGAAGGUUUGGAAGGUGACAUCCGACAUCUGGAGCAACCGCUCCAGGAAAUGAACGACGACUGCCAUAAUCUGAAGGACGGCCGGUACCCACAGGCUGGCGAUCUGCACAAAAAAGUCACAAAACUGCACCAGAGAUGGUCCCAGUUACGCACUACAUUCCACACUAGUUUAGUACAAAAAUUGUCCGGACUGAGCUAUCCAGUUCAGGAGACAACGAUCACAAAACAAACCCGUGUCGUGACCGAAACCCGUCAAAUCGGUACAAAUCCAUACUUCAGAGACGUCCAGGAGUACACUGAAUGGUGCCAGAGUAAACUGAAACAACUGCUAACAUCCGACUACGGUUCGGAUCUUCCGUCGGCCAAGGUCGAACUGGAACGCCAUCAGCACGAACACAAAGUGAUAGACCAGUUCCACUCGAAGAUUGUUCAGAGUGAACGUCAUCAAAGCAACUUCACCGGUGAUGAGCUGCAGCUGUACCAGCAGAAGCUGAGUCAACUGCAGAAAAUCUACGCGGAGCUGUUGAGCACUUCGACAAAACGACUCUCCGACCUGGAUGCCCUGCAGGACUUCCUAUCGGCGGCCACCUCCGAGUUGAGCUGGCUGAACGAUCGCGAACAGAUCGAAGUUAGCCGUGACUGGGCAGACAAGAAUCUGGAUCUGUCCGCCGUGCAUCGGUACUACGAGUCUAAUUUCAAGCGUUCUUACGGAAAUGGUGAUGAAAAUUUAAUGUCGGAACUGGAGAAGCGUGAGAUGCACUUUGCCACCAUCCUCGAUCGCGGAGAGGCACUUCUAGUCCAACAGCAUCCCGCUUCGAAGUGUAUCGAGGGUCACCUGCAAGCGCUCCAGUCCCAGUGGUCCUGGUUACUGCAGUUAACCCUGUGCCUGGAGGUGCACCUGAAACACGCCACCGAUUACCAUUCGUUCUACGAUGAAAUUCGCGAAGCAGAAAACUGGCUGGCCAAACGGGAUGACAUCCUGAACACCAAGUACUCCCAGUCUGAGUUCUCUCUCGAUCAGGGGGAAGCGUUGCUGCGAGGAAUGCAGGACAUUCGAGAGGAGCUGAACGCUUUCGGUGAAACGGUCGCCCAUCUGCAACACCAAGCUACCACGAUAGUGCCUUUGAAGCAACGGAAACAACCAGUGAAUCGGCAAUGCACCGUCCAAACAAUUUGUUCAUACAAGCAGGGUAAUAUUUCGCUGGAGAAGAAUGAAUCCUGUACCCUGUUGGAUACAUCCGGUCGCGUCAAGUGGCGCGUGAAAACAGCCAAGGGAGUCGAAGGUUCCGUCCAUGGUGUUUGCUUACUGCUGCCCCCACCAGAUCAGGAAGCGAUCGAUGCUGCCGAUCGGUUAAAACGACUGUUUGACCGUUCCGUGGCUCUGUGGCAGAAGAAGCAGCUUCGUCUGCGUCAGAAUAUGAUUUUCGCUACAAUUAAGGUGGUUAAAGGAUGGGACUUUGAACAGUUUCUGGCCAUGGGAGCCGAACAACGUACGGCCAUCCGGCGGGCGUUGAAUGACGACGCCGACAAGCUGCUGGCCGAGGGAGAUCCAGCGGAUCCACAGUUGCGACGAUUGAGACGAGAGAUGGACGAGGUGAACCGAUUGUUUGACGAAUUCGAGAAACGUGCAAGAGCUGAAGAGGAAAGUAAACAAGCGAGCCGAAUCUUCACCGAGCAGUGCAUUUCCCUGAAGACACGUCUAGAGGAAAUGGCCCGCGAAUUGGAUCACAUCAUCUUAUCACCGAUGCCACGCGAUCUGGACUCGCUGGAGCACGCGGUACAGAUUCUGGACGACUACAAACGUCGUCUCGGGUUGCUCGAACCGGACCUAAAGCACUUGCAGGAAACAUUCCGUACCAUCGCUCUGAAGACGCCUGCAUUGAAGAAGAGUCUGGACAAUUUGCUGGAUCUAUGGAAAGAACUCAACGCCCAGGCCGGUUUGCACGGUGAUCGGCUUAAACUGCUGGAAGGUGCUCUAGCCGGUUUAGAGGACAACGAGCAGGUGAUUUCGGAUCUGGAAGGCAAACUGUCGCGUCAGCUCGAAUUGCCCUCCACCCAGGAGGGUCUGUAUGAAGUGUUUAAGAAAUUGAGCUCGAUCCAGGAAACGAUUUCAUCUCAACAACCCGAAAUGGAUAAAAUGAAUGAUUCUGCCGAUCAGCUGGGUCGCAUGGGGGUACCAACGAAGGUCCUCGGUGACCUGAAGCGACUGCAUUCCAAUGUGGAACGAUUAAAUUCACGGUGGAACAAUCUCUGCGGACAGUUGGCGGAAAGAUUAAGAAGUGUAGAAUCCGCCAUCGGAUUGAUGAAGAAUCUUCAGACCAGCAUCGUCGUGGAGGAAAUGUGGGUUGAAAAGCAAACCGAGAAACUGCAAGCAUUGCCAACGGCUACCUCUGCCCGGGAGCUGGAUACCAUGCUGGGUGAAGCCAUGGAGCGUGCGCCAAAAAUUGAACAGGUCAAUCUCACCGGCGGCCGUUUGAUCCGUGAAGCUAAGAUCUACGAUGGCAAGUGUCUGCACUACAUCGACUGGUUGGUGGAGAUACGGCCGAGCUUUUCACCGCCCCGGCAGGACCUGAGACCACCGGACACCGACCCGGGUGCCACCGAGGUGUAUUCGAAGCGGCUCGACACGUUGAACGGCCGGUACGAGUCGCUGAUCGAGCAGCUGACCAAGCGGCUCAAGACAGCGAUCGAGGUGAAUGGCGCGGACGGAUUGCGCUUCGCCGAAAGUCUUCAUAAGCCGCUUCGGACAUAUCGGGUAGAGUUCAAUCUCGGUCGUCCGACAGGCAGCAACGGAAGCAACAGUAACGGAACAGACGGUCUCGAAGAGGUCAGCGAAGACGUCUUCACUAGCACCUACUCGGCAACGCGGAUCACCAAAAUUACCAACAACAAGCUGAUCUACGACACGACGGACAGCAGCCGGUCGGAGAAUUCGCGUGAAUGUUCCCCCACGAAGAAAGUGAGUAAGACAGAAUUGCAAUCGGAUAUGCACCAUCCGAACGAGGCCUCUUCGGUGCAAUUCACGGAAAUUCGUAGCUUGAAGCGUAUCUCGCGUACAAAUGAAGCGGUAGGCACAAACAAUGGUACGGAUAUGGGUGACACCAUACUGAACACACCGGGCAUAGUGGACCCGAUGAGCGGUAGAAUCUUAACCGUUGGAGAAGCUAUCAAGAUGCGGAUUUUGGAUGUACGAAGUGGGCAGCUGAAUGUCAACGGAGAGCGCUUGAGUUUGGAGGAGGCAGCACGGCGGAAGUUGAUCGAUGCAGAAUUGGUGAACAAUUUACUGAGACCGGGUGCGGCACUUGAUCGCGACGGGCGCCCGAUGAGUCUACUGGAGGUUAUACAGAAGGAAAUUCUCGAGGCGGAAAACGGUUACGACAGCACGGAAAAACGAAUCAAGGUAACGACCAGCCAGGAACCAUACCGCACUGUAAAGUACAAUGAAAAAGAAGCAAAAAGUAUUGUCGAUGCCAUCAAGCAAGGUCUGGUGGACACUAGCGGUGGUCUUUACCGUACCGAAACCGGUGACCUUAUCACUGUAACCGAUGCAUACGAGCUAGGUUAUUUGAUUCGCAACGAAACAAUCAAGAUUGCACCGCACACACUUUCGCUGACCGACGCCAUCGGUCAGGGUCUGGUGGACAACGGUGGUUGGGUGGUUGAUCGUAACACUGGCGAUACGUUCCGACUAGAUUCAGCCAUCGCGAAAAAGCUUAUCAAUCCCGAUUUGCGGGAAAUCGUGGACACCAAGAAUGACAACAUGAUCACGGUGGCACAGGCUUUAGAGCAGGGUAUUUUGAACGCAAAAACCGGUCGCUACAUGAAUCCACUGACAAAAGAAAAGCUUACCUUCGUCGAAGCACGCAAUCGUCAGCUCAUCCAUAAACCGAUGACUCUGAAAGAUGUUUGUGAUUUGAAUUUGCUUGAUAAAACGGACAAAAUUGCGUCUCCCACGAGACGCGAACGGGUUAAUAUUCCAGGUGCUAUUAGUUUAGGGGUCUUAGAUAGCGAUAGCAUUAAGUGUGUAUUUAAAACUAGGGGAGAUUUGUUAACGUUGAGGGAAGCUCUCGAACAGGAAAUCAUACUAACUUUCGAGAAUCGUUACCGUCACAGCGAAACGGCAGAACUGAUGACUAUUCCAGAAGCGGUUGACCGUGGUCUUAUCUCGUCGGUUUCAGUCAAAUCAAUUUUCAACAUAUUGGGCUUCAAAGAUCCACAUUCCGGUGAAUUCGUUUCCCUCAACACCGGUCUGGCGAAAAAUGUGAUUCGUAAGAAAGACAAUCGCUUCCAGCUUGAUACUGGAAAGGGGGUUCUCCUCGAUCUCGAUAAAGCCGUUGCUCAGGAAUUGAUCCGUCCGGAAGUAUACGAAAUGCUCAACCGAAAAUGUGGUGUUUCCGACGAAACGGGACGUGAGUUAUCUAUCAUUGAACUAGUUUACCACGAGUUGAUUGACACUAAAACCGGAUUCCUGCUGGAACCAGGAACGGGAAAAGUUCUUCCAUUAGAACCAGCAAUUGAGCGUAAAUUUAUAACCCCAGAGGGUGCCUUGCUGUUGAUCAGCCUACUGAACAUUACGCUCACAACGGAAACCGUUGUGAAAACAAUAAAACGUUACGUUACAAUCACGCACACCGGUGAGCAGGUAGAAUCACAACCGGACGUUCUUCUUUCGUUCACAGAAGCAGUGCGUCGUGGUUUGAUUGAUGAAAACACGCGUACCUAUCGCGAUCCUGCCACUGGCAACGUCUAUUCCGUACAGCAAGCAUUAAAUCAUGGCCUUAUCCUACCCGAUACGGAAUCAGUUCCGUUUCGGGAUGUCGAUAACACAGUUCCUACCAACAGUACUACCAAACCUUCAUCCAUUCCGUUGGAGUUUGAGACUCGACUAGUUAAAAGUGGUAAUUCGAAAAGUAUCAACAUCACCACCGAAUUUCUAGAUGGUGAACGAAAGCAAACUCAAUCGUACGAUCUUCCAGCGGAUGGUUGGCUUCUUUCAGAAGCCAUUUCAAAGAAAAUGUUUGAUCCGGUCGCUGGCCUUUUUAUUAUUCCCGGCACCGAUCGUCUGGUGAGUUUUGAAGAAUCUAUCAGAUUGAAGAUCAUCAACCAAAACUCUGCACUUGUGGUGGAUCCUGAAAAUCCACAACGCAAGAUUUCCCUCGAAAGUGCCCUUAACAAAUCCAUUCUUGACAGUACAGGUCACUAUGCAUUGACGGAUGGUAAUAAGAUUACCAUGCGAGCAGCUAUCGAUCGUGAUUUGGUAGUGUUCGAGAAUGUUUCCGAUGGUUGUUCCGAUGGCAGGGUAAUGAAUCGUACCAUCCGUGUCACUAAAGUCCCCGGACAACCAGAUUUACUCGAAGUUGCUUCCGGCAGUGAUCGUGCAGUGAAAGUUGAAGGUAUGAAAACCCCAGAGUUGAUUAGUCCUGAACCGUUGCAGCUUGCACCUGGCAUUAUUUACGAUCCUUCUACGGCUCUCGUCAUCUUUACUGAUAGUGGUAAAUCGACUAGCAUUGUCCAUGCCGUUAAAAGUGGUAAAAUAGAUUCGAACUUGGUGAAGAUCAGGGAUCCAAAUACCGAGGAGCUUCUCACAAUUCCAGAGGCACUUGAUCGUGGUGUUCUCAACAGUCAAACUGGUGAAAUCAAGCAUCGCACGGGUAAGUUAGUGGGAUUAAUUGAAGCUGCCCAUACAGGAGCUCUGGUUGUUUGCGGAGCACCUUUGGUUGCUGCUGCAGGAGCUCUAGAUUUGCUUAAGACAAUUAUAGAUCCAUCUACUGGAAAGGAAAUACCGAUUGAGGUUGCCUACGAACGAGGUUUGAUAACGAAAAGUCAACUUCCAAGUCCUGAACGAGCUGCUCUCAGGAAGAAACUAAGCGUUGAAGACAGCAGCAGGCGAUCGUCGGAAAGUUUUGUUGUUACCGUGACUGAUCAUACUCAACAGUACACAAAGGAACCCGUUGUGUUGCAACGAAUGCGAAAAUGUAUUCUGCGCCCAAAAGAUGCCGCAGAACGGGGCAUUCUUGAUCAAGAAACGGCAGCUAUUCUGGAAGAUUCUAACAUGUUUGUUGGUAAUCAAACGCUUGAUCGGUUGAUAUCCCUCGGGCAUGUGGAUGGUAACCGUGGCCAAAUAGUUGAUCCACAGAGAGGUCAUGUGUUGACAAUAAACGAAGCUAUUCGACGUGGUAUACUUGAUCGUCACGGUACAAAUAAUGUUUUCAUUCCACUUGCAAGAUCAAUUGCAAUUCCGGAGCUCGUCAAUCAAGGUUUACUUGAUGUUGAGAGUUCCAAAAUUUACCAUCCUGAGUCAGGGCGUUUGUUGACACUGCGAGAAGCUCUCAUCUGUGAGAUUAUAGAUCCUCUGACUGAAAUUCUAGUUGAAAACAAGGAAAAAGUUUCGUUAGAACAAGCCAUCAAAUCCGGUUUUGUAGAUGAAGAUCAGUGCACAAUCAACAAUUUAAAACUAGCGGACGCAAUUGAUCAGAAUGUUUUCCUGAUGCCGAAUUAUUCUAGUCAAUUACCUCCGGUGGGAAUGACUCUUCCUGUUAUUGUGAAACGGCAUCUAUUGGAUAUUGAUCGCAAAGAAAUUAUCCAUCCGGUUACACAAAAUCGCACAAAUGUCAGCGAAGCCAUCAAAAAUGACUUUGUCAUGGCAGUACCUUUCACCCCGCAUCCAGACUCGAUCGUAAUCGAAGAGGCCAUCGAUAAGAAGUUGAUCGAUCCAGUAAAUGAAUUGUUCAGAUAUCCAAAGACUUCCGAGGAAAUCCCUCUUCAUGAAGCCAUCGAAACGGGUCUCUUAGAGGUCAAACCAUUACCAGAACUGGUGCAAGGAAUGCAAGGUAAUAAAGCGCUUACCUCAGUUACCGAAUCCAUUUCUUCCUACCACACGAUCACAACAAACACAGUUGAAAUCCAAUCCGGCUAUUCUCUGAUAUCUGCGACUGAAGUUCAAGACAUUACAACCGGUGAGAUCAUGACCGUUGAUCAAGCCCGCCAGCGGGGAAUCAUCAGCGAUGAAAAUCAAACGAAGGAGCAGGUGCUGAAUGAAGAGGUGAACAUAAAUUUCACAAACGCUCUGCAACGUGGGCUGCUGGAUGUGAGUAAGGGAACUUUCCGGCAUCCGGACAGUGGUGAUGUGAUGUCCAUCUCCGAUGCAGUCGAUCGUGGCUACAUUGCUAGUAAAACCGCAAGUGAUGAAGCACUCAAUCGAUCCCCGGAGAUGGCUCACAAAAUGAUUAGUCGAGUCGAACCGACUGUGGAAAAUCCGGAACUGAUAAGUGAUCUUGGGCAUAAGAUUGUUACCAAAGAUGAUAAUGACAUCGUUUCGUUAAAAAAUGCCCCAAAGACGGAGAUAGCGUCUAAGACAAAUGUAUCAAGCUCAAGUGAUAGUAAACUAAGUGAUAACAUCAAAGAUGCAGCUAAACUCGGUCUUAUGGCUGUUGUGGGUGCCCCAGUUUUAGGUGGGAUAGCGAUCGCUGGUGCUGUCAAAAAUGUAUUCAAAAAGAAGGAAAGUGAAAGAACGGAAUCAUCGGUAGAACAUACUGACACUACGGGUGAUAAUGUUAGUUCAGCGAAACUUCAAUUAGUAACAACAAUUUUUGAUAACCCAUUACCCACAGACACUUCGGUAACUAGUAGUAGUACUCAGGAUGAACCAGUAAAUAGGAAUCAUGUCACAUCAAUAGAGAAGCCAGAGUUUGGAAUACAGAUGCCUAUUGAGGUUCAAAUCAAAGAUCCAAAUAAGGAGGUAACAAAAAUAGCUGAAUUGCAUUUAGAGAAAGAUGUUGAGCUUCUACCUGGUCCUUGUGUUGAAUCUAAUGAAGACGACGUACCAAUAAGUGAAGUUAUUUUCACAAAAACGGCUCAAUCGGAAAAUAAUGUCUUGCCGAAAAUAGAAGUAGACGUACCAACCAACUAUACUAUAUCCACCGAAAUAAAUGUGUCUGAAAGGGAAACAAUACCAGAAAUAAAGGAAGAAUUGCCCACAACUGAAGUUGUUUCCGAAGAUACAAGUAUUUUGGAUGAGAAAAUGACAACAGCAAACAAGCCAGAAGUGCCAAAAAGCGAAGUUCUUUGCGAAAGAUCAGAUGCUUCGGGAAAGGAAAUUGCAACAAACAUAACAAUAAAAGAAGAAAGUGCUGGAGAAAUUCAGGCCACAUACAAUACAAGUAACGCAAACAAACAACAACCCGAGGAACAAAACACAGUCUCAGAAUCGGAAAAUGUUUCUGUUAAUGGAUCUUCGUUGGCGCCUGAAACUGGUGUAAGUUCUAUUGAAAAGAAACAACUGAUUGAUGAUAAGCCAAACAUUUCUCUAGAGGACGCACCAUCGAAACCUGGAAAUGACCACAAAAUAGCAAAGUCUUUAGCAGAAUCUCCAGAAUCGUCAAGUGUUCCGAGCUUGAAAUCAAUUCCAACAACCAUGGAUACUUCUAGUUGGCCUGAAGAGCAUGACUCUAAUUUAUUGCAAACAGAAUCAAUCAAACAUGAGGAGAUUUCAGAAGAGUCCUCAAUACCUGAACAUCAUAUGGCAGAACUUGAACAAAAUCUAUCUACAUCGGAUAACACUAUAAAUAACAUUGAAAGUCCAAAAAUAUCGGAGCCAAGGCUUGAACAUGUUGAUUCGGUUGGAUCUACAGAGCAAAUAGAAUUGCCGGCAAAUCGUCUAGAUGAAGUGAAUGCUUCAGUAAGUGAUAACGCUGCUACUGAUGACUACAAAGCCCCGAUCAAACAGGAAACACCAGAAGUGAGUCGUCCACAUGAUCUACCAUCGUUGGCCAAUCAAACGCAAUACCCGAUCGCCACGGGUCCAGUGGACAAUUACACUCACUAUCCAAUUGAAAGCUCAACGGACAAGGACUCCGCGGUCAGCGACACCGGUAAGAAGGUACUCGACGCAGCGAAGCUCGGUCUUAUGGCCUUGGUAGGGGCUCCGAUACUUGCUGGUAAGGCGGUAGUAGAUGCACUGAAAAAAGAUAAUGAUUUGGCCGCAGUGCCUAGGCAACCGCAGUCAAGUGUCGUCGAUGCAACGGCAGCUUUCCUAGAACAAGAACGUUCACCGGACGAUGGGCGUCGGGAAUUGAAAGAUCUUCAGCAAGCCAUCGGAGGUAUAAUCGGUUCGGAAAGUACCGACAGCAAGUUGAAGACUCCCGAAAAGCACGUUACAUUUGAUAUCGCUGAGCGUACACCCGAGAAACUGAUACGAGAUGAAACAUACGAACGAAUGCCUCUUGGUGAGGCUAUUUCUCAGGGUAAGAUUAUUCCGAAAGUUUGUCGCGUUAUGGUCGAUGACAAAGAAAUGCCUUAUACGGUGGAAGAAGGAUUGAACAAUCAAAACAUUCGAAUUUACGACAUAGUUGAUGUAAUGUCCAAAGAAUUGAUAUCCUUCGUUGAUGGAGAACCGGAUGGUCUGAUCAUCGACGAGACUUUGACGAAACAGAAGUUGGUCGACUUGGGGGUGUUUGAUCCGGAAAGUGGUAGUUUCAUUUCGCCAAACGAUGGUGAACGCAUUUCAUUCCAUGACCUCAUCUACAACGCAAGUAUCGUUGAUCCGGCCACCGUUUAUGUUAAGGAUUUGGGUCGAAAGAAAUACGAACGUUUGGAUAUUGCCCUUCAGAAACACUUGAUCGACAAACAUACCGGUCAUAUGUUGGAUAAUAAAACCGGCAAGAAAGUGAAGUUCGUUGAAUGCUGCAAACGUGCUUGGAUUGUUCAACGCGAGCCAUCCAGCGAAAAUCUUGAUCAAUCUCCAACGUUGACCGAAGUGUUGGACGCAGGUCAGUUUAAUCCUCAAACAGGAGAGCUGGUUCAAGACAAUCAAAGCGUACCGAUUGCUGAGGCUCUCCGGGCAGGAUUCAUCGCCAAUGAUUCUGUUUCAGUGAGGGAUCCAACCGAUGGAGAGAUUACUUCACUACGGGUUGCGAUCGAACGAGGAAUCAUUGAUCUUAAAUUAGGAGUGAUCUUCAACAGGGAAACCCAAGAAGAAAUCGAUCUGAAUGAAGCGUACAGCCGUGGGUAUCUACUAGAAGGUAAGCGAACACCAAUUUCACUGGAAGCAGCUGUUCGUAAGGGACUGUAUAAUCCGGAAUCUGGAUUAAUUUUAGAUACAAUCACCGAAGAAAUGGUUGAUGUACAGCAGUCGGUUGAUAAGGGUAUCGUUGAUCCAAAGAUAUCUAACGUUAAAGACACUAAAAGUAAUGUUCUGGUUCCAUUGCAAGCGGCUAUAGAUAACAAACUGCUUGAUACGGAGUCCGGGAAAUUAAAGGAUACUGUAACCGAUGAAAUGGUAUCAUUGGAUGUAGCCUUGGAAAAGAAACUGAUGGAUACUAAGCAAGUAACCCACAGUCUGAUUGAUGUACUGAACAAAGAGUUCUAUAAUCCUAAAUCCGGCAUGAUUCUCAAUCCAGGGAACGGCGAGGAAAACAUUCUGAGACAAGCAAUCGACUCUCAGUUGGUUGAGAUCGAGAGUGUGUUGAUCAGAGAUGAGCGGAAGGAUAAGAUUAUCAAAUGUGGAGAAGCUAUCCAAACGGGUUUGCUGGAUGACGUACGAGGCGUUCUUACUAAACCGGAACUGACCCUCGAUCGAGCCUAUCAAAAAGGUUAUAUCCUUAGCAAUAAGAAGCCAAUAUCGCUUUCGGACGCUUUGCUCAGGGGAUUCUACGAUCCAGCCAAUGGAAUGUUCCAUAUUGAUGGGGCACCCGGCAUCACGUUACAGAAGGCUAUCGACGAUGGAGAAAUUUCAACGGGUGAUUUAAUCGUUCGUGAUUCCAAGAACCGUGGCGUCGUUAGUUUGGCGGAUGCAAUUAGAGCGAAUUUGGUAGAUCCCGUCUCUGGUAUAGUUAUUGAUUCUGGAUCUGGGCUAGGCAUGGGUAUGUUAGAUGCGCUGGAACGUGGUAUCAUUGUUGUGGCAAAACGUAGAUGUAGCCUCCCGGAUGCCGUUUUCCGAGGUUUGUAUGAUCCCAAAUCUGGUCAGUUCAGCAGUACGACAACUCCGGAAAAAAUGUCUACGGAGCGUGCCAUCCGGCGAGGUAUGUUAGAUCCGGAAUCUACUAUUGUGAAUGUUGCGGGUAAAAUUUUGCCAUUUGAGCUUGCGAUUGAAAACGGCACUGUUGACAUUAGACGUGGCACGAUCGCGGAUGAAGUGGGUAAUAAAAUUGAUUUUAGAGAAGCAUUCGACCGUGGAUUACUGGUGGAGGUUAGAAAACCGAUCAGUUUGAGUGAAGCGGUUCUGAAAGGUAUCUACCGGGAAAGUAGCGGUCUGUUCAUGGAUCCUAAGACGGGACGAAAAUUGACACUUUCGCAAGCAAUUGCCGAGAAGGUCAUUGAUCCCAAUUCUGUUCAGAUCAAAGAUUCCGCCACUGGGUUCUACAAAGACCUAGACCUAGUAGACGCGAUCGAGUCUGACCUUAUCAACGGUCAAAACUCCAAUGUCCAACAUGGUAAUGAUAAAAUCACGUUAAAGCAUGCCUUUGAUAUUGGAUUGCUAUAUGAUGCAAAUGGUCCCAUCAGUUUGCAACGAGCUAUCCAUCAAGGUAUUUACGACGAUCAGAGUGGCAAGAUCGAUGAAUUGGUUUCGGGGCGUAAAAUCACUUUGCACGAAGCUUUGAGAAAGUUUAUCAUCAAUCCGCAACUUCCUUGCUACUUUAACGAGAAGGAUGAAAUUAUGCUCAAUCUAUUCGAAACAUGCCGUGCUAAAUUGAUUGAUCGAAGGGAAGGGGUUUUCAAAGAGCCUGGUAGUGAAGUAUUCAUUCCCCUGAAUGAAGCUUUAGCGUUGGGUUUGAUUGUGGAUAUUGAAAGCGCCGGUUUCGGUCUCUACGAAACACUGGCAAUGGGUUUCUACGAUAAACAGAGUGGGAAAGUAAUCCAUCCGAGCACGAACCGCAAAAUCACACUCGCACAAGCCUGCCGAGAGGAUGUGGUGAGCCUGUCGUCUUCGAUCGUGAAGAACACACUCACCGGAAAGUACAUCAGACUGGAUGAGGCUAUCAAUGCUAAGAUAAUUGACGAUCAGGAAGGUGUGUAUGUUCUUCCGAAGGGAAAUAAAAUUGACUUACAGGAAGCUAGACGAAAGGGUUUAAUCGUAACAAAUCAAAAAUUGUUAUCGAUGGAAAAAGCCAUCAAACUACAGUUGUAUCGUCAAGAUUCUGGUACAUUUGUGGAACCAAUAACCGGCGAACACGUAAAUUUGCAGGAAGCGUUAGAUACUGGACUAUUAGAUUUUGAAACCACAGUUUACAAAGAUGCAAUCACGGGUCAGGACAAACCGCUCAGAACGGCGAUAGCAGAUCAGGACAUAGAUGUAGAAAAGGGUAAGGUUGUAGACCGUAAAUCAGAUAGAAUGUACAGUUUUGAUAUAGCACUGAACAAGGGCUUGUUAGUUACAAUUCAGAAACCGAUCACGGGUAGAAUUCUUGAACGAAAAGAAAGCAUAGACAAUCUACUGCAAGAGUCGCCGAUCGGUAAGAGUCCACGGGAAAUGAAUUUGAAGGAUGCGUUGAGGUAUGACAUACUGUCUGUUGAUAAAUCGGUAAUUAAGCACCCCAUAAGUCGACUAUUUGUCCCUCUGAAAAUUGCAUUGCAGGAAAAGCUGAUUUCAGAUGAAAGCCGUGCCACAAUUGAUCCGAAACAGUCAUUCUUCGUGUUCGAUGGUAAUCAGCUCGUGUAUGUCAAAGAACCACUUACGUUCGACCAAGCGGUUGAGUCUAGUCUUCUGGAUCUAUCGACCGGUAAAUUUUUGUACAAAUCAUCAGCGAUUGGUGGUGGUGGUGAGUCAACCGACGUCGAUCUGGUUGAGCUGUUGAACCUAAAAGACGCCAUCGGUCAAGGUUACAUUGAUCCAGAGUCGGUUCUGUUGAAAGAUGGUGCCAAAAAGAAGUACCUCCCGUUGCCCGAAGCGUUCCGUAAGGGUCUAAUCGAUGCUGAAAAAUCGAAUGUGCUCGAUACGAAUACGUCCAAGUUGACAUCCUUGCAACAGGCAGUAGAUACUGGUCUGUUGAUCACUCCGAAACGUGCAAUUUGUCUAAUGGAAGCUCUCAGCUACAAUUUAUAUAAUGGUGAGAGUGGUACUUUCGAGGACCCAUUCCAUCCCAACCAACAAAAAACUCUUACCGAAACUAUCCGAACGGGCUUAAUUGAUCCAACAACAACAAUGGUGCGUGACAUUAGUAACAAUAGUGUGAUUGUGCCGUUGUUAACCGCCGUAGACAACGGCCUGAUCGAUUCGAUCGGUGGACAUUUUAAUAUCGAAAGUGAACAGGCUAAACUUGAUCUCGUGAAAGCACGCGACCGAGGAUAUCUCAUGCUAGCGGAGCAACGGCAAGCGGUAGUCGAAAAGUUUGCACUUUGUGAAGAUCAUCUGUCUAAGCUGUUGGAGUGGAUCACUAAAGUUGAGCAGGAUAUUGCUUCCGUUGGUGGACCUAAGGAACGCGUAGAUGAUCUCAGAAAUCAAAUCAACUCGCUUAAGCAAAUCAAAGAUGACAUCGACGUCCAGUCACGCCCGGUUGCAUCAUGCCUGGAACAGGUACGGCAACUGGUCCUCACCGGUGGUGAAGUGCUCAGUGCUCCGGAGGUUGCUGCCCUGGAAAGCUCGGGUCGGGAAUUGCGUUCCCGGGUGGACAAAGCCCAGGAUCGCACCGGUAAACUACUCAGACGAUUGGGAGCAGCGCGUGAUGAACUAGGAAAGUUACGUUCCGAGCUUGAUACUUUCUCCAGCUGGCUUCAAACAUCACGCCGAACGCUGGAGGACAAAGAGAACACGUUGUCCGAUUUAAAUCGACUGUCGACACAAUCCGAAUCGGUGAAGGAAUUCCACGGAGAUGUUGUUGCUCAUCAGGCCGACCUGCGUUUCAUCACCAUGUCUGCGCAAAAGUUUGUCGAUGAAUGCAAAGAUUACCUGUCGGUCUUGAAUGAUUUCCGCACAACGUUACCGGAGCGUUUACCACACAUUGAACAGAUUUCUAGUUCGGACAGCCCAAUCCGGCAGGAAGUAUCACUAGUUACCGCUCAAUAUCGCGAUCUACUGAACCGUGCCAAUGCACUACUGGACCGACUUGCAGGUUUGGGAGGUCGCCAGCGUGACUACCAGGAAGCUCUGGAAAAAGCCCGUUCCUGGCUGCGUGAUGUACAUCCUCGAGUUUCAACGGUACUAUCGGAUCCAAUUGCAGCUGAUCCUCAAUCGGUGCAGGAUCAAAUGAAUCAAACCAAAUCUCUGCAAAGUGAAUUUUUGUCCCAAGGAAGACUCAUUGACAACGUUCAACAUAGUCUGGAUGCUUUGCUAAAGUCGCUGGCCGGACGUCUUAGUCCGUCGGAAGUUUCAGCUCUGGAAAUCCCCGUGGAAGAUGUGAAAGACAAAUACAACCAACUACUGGAUGCGUUGGCGGAUCGUUCGAAACUUUUGGACACUGCUUUGGUGCAAUCUCAAGGUGUUCAGGAUGCCCUUGAUGGCCUUUCCGGGUGGAUCAACCAAUCGGAAGAUAAGUUCAAACUCCAAAACCGUCCUGCAUCUCUUAUAAAGGAACGCUUGAUUGAACAGGUUCGUGAGCAUCGUGGACUUCUGAAUGAUUUGGAGUCUCACCGUACCAGCUUGGAAAGUGUAACCUUAUCAGCUCGGGAAUUGAUGUCUACUGCAUCGAACGCACGUCUUGCUAAACGGAUUGAAACAAACUUAAGCGACGUCACCGGAAGAUUUGAGAAGUUGCUAGACAAAGCGUUGAAACGUGGCGAAUUUUUGGAAGAUACGCUGGCACAAUUGAACAAAUUCAAUGAUGAUGCUUCUAUUCUGGAGCAAGAGCUGUCAAAUCUCCAGGAAGCUUUGGAGGGCAGAGAAUUGACGACGCUACCAGCUGAAACGUUGACUCAACGUAUGAUUGACCUUACUAAGAACAAGGAACAUCUACGUCCACUGUAUGAAAGUUGCGUCAAGCUCGGCAAAGACCUUAUUGCUAAGCGUGACGUCACCGACACUGGUGUGGUACGAGAUCGCAUUAAGGCAUUAGAGAACUCCUGGAAGAAUUUGGAGGUAUCGUUGGAAGAAAAACUCAAACUGUCUAAACAAAAGGCAGAACAGUUGAAUGCUUACGAAGAAGUGAAAGAUCAUGUACUUGUUUGGCUAUCCAGUAUUGAAACCAGAACCAACAAUCUUGCCCCGGUUGCCGUGGACGUAGAAACAAUCAAAUAUCAGAUCGAAGAAGUUAAGCCUCUCAUCAAAGAGCACCGGGACUACGCGGUAACUAUCGAUAAGGUGAACGAUCUGGGCGCUCAGUACGAUGCACUGAUUCGGCCGGACAGUCCUAAUCGCAAGCGUUCGGUUUACAGUCCAAUCAAACGAUCUACCGUUAGUCCAAUGCGUCGGCUAUCGGGAGAAGCGCGAUCACCUAGUCCAACCAAAGGAUUGGCGGUGGGACAAAGUCCAACCGUGUCUCCGCUGUCUCCCGGUGGAUCGAGCGGAUUCGGUAGCCGGAGAUCGUCGCAAGAUGGUUUCCAGCUAACCGAUCUGACACCGAUCCAACAGCAAUUAACGGAAAUCAACAAUCGGUACAGUUUGGUCGGAGCGCGUCUGAACGAUCGUCAGAACGAACUGGAUUCCGUGCGUGAUGAGGUUCGUAAACAUCAGGAAAGUCUGAAAACAUUAUCGAGCUUUUUGGAUAAAAUUCAGCGUCAGGUCCCGAAAGAUGUCAUCAGUAACAAGGACGAGGCGGAACGUUGUAAUAAACAGGCGCGUAAGGUGCUCGAAGAAAUGUAUGAAAAACAAAGUUUGCUGGAUUCCACCAAAGCGCAGGUGAAAGAUCUACUCAAGCGCAAACCAGACGUACAAGGGGCCGACCGACUUCGUACUGAAUUGGAAUCGGUUGCUGAUCGUUGGAAGAAUCUGCAUGAUCUGUGUAAGGAUCGUAUCAACUUUUCCGAGCAGCUGCGUGAUUUCCUUGAUACUCAUGACAAUUUGAAUGGCUGGCUUACUGCAAAGGAACGAAUGUUAACUGUCCUGGGACCCAUCUCUUCUGAUCCACGAAUGGUACAGAGUCAAGUACAGCAGGUUCAGGUGCUUCGUGAGGAAUUCAGAGGUCAACAACCUCAGUUGAACCAUUUGCAAGAAGUCGGUAAUGCUGUGCUGGAGUACCUACGAGACUCGUCACUUGAGUCUCAAUCAGUUUCAACAAAAUUGAAGAAUGUUCAACGGAAGUGGGAUGAUCUUGUCGGUCGAUUGGAUGAACGAGCACAAAGUUUGGGAGCUGCCGCCGAUACUUCGAAGGAAUUCGAUGCAGGGCUUAACCGCCUUCGAGAGGCCCUCCAGAAUAUUAGCGACAACCUGGAUGCGCUACCAACUGAUCGUGACCAUCAAGAAACUUUACGUAAAAUUGAAAAUCUCGAACGACAGCUUGAAGGACAGCGUCCAUUAUUGGCUGAUUCUGAAGCUGCUGCUGAAGCCCUCUGCCGAGUUUUGAGUGAUCCUGCAUCGCGUGCUGAUGUCAACGCACGUGUUGUUGCUGUAGGUAAGCAGUAUCAAAAUCUACAGAAGAAACUUGAUCACAGAAAGGCCGAAACUGAUUCCGCUUUGCGCGAUGGACGCCAAUUCGCUGAAACUUGUGCACGCACCUUGGGUUGGCUGUCGGGAGAGCUUGGUAAUCUGACCGAUCGUUUGUUGGUUUCGGCUCAUCGCCCGACGCUACAACAUCAAAUUGAUACUCACGAACCAGUCUACCGUGAAGUGAUGAGUCGCGAACAUGAGGUGAUCAUGUUACUGAACAAGGGUCGAGAGCUUCAAGAGAAACCAGAACAAAGUCCUGACCGUACCGUUCAACGUGAUUUGGAGAAGAUAUCGCAACAAUGGGAACGCUUGAGAAAUGCUGCCGUUGAUCGUCAAACUCGGCUUCAGACCUGUAUGGAACAUUGUAAGAAACAUGCCGCCGCGUCCGAGUCAUUCCUGACUUGGUUGAGGGGAGCAGAAGAUAAACUGGCCUCUUUCAAGCCUGGUAUUCUGAAGAAGUCUCAACUUGAUCAGCAGCUCAAGGAAUUGCAGACCUUCAGAUCGGAUGUGUGGAAGAGAUCUGGCGAGUAUGAAAGCACUCGUGGUUUAGGAGAAUCGUUCAUUGGUGCCUGUGAUAUUGACAAGGAACCGAUCAAAGCAGAACUGCAGGACAUGAAGGAUCGCUGGGAGCGACUCAACAAUGAGUUACUACUGCGUGCUCAAACAUUGGAAGCAUGUGCCAAACGAUUAGGUGACUUCAAUGAAGAGCUACGUGAUCUCGAUCAUGCCGUUAGCCGUUGUGAAGAUCGUCUGGCCGCUCACGAUGCUCUGGGAGGUGCCGCCAAGGAUCCCAAAUUACUGGAUCGUGUCAAAACUAUUAAAGACGAUGCCGUUGCACUGAAAAAGCCACUUCAAGCCGCUCGUAAAAUGGCAGGCGAUAUCGCCGUCGAAGCUCGUGCAGCCGGUGGUGAUGCUGAACAUUUAAAAUCGGAAGUCGACGGCAUUGCGGAUCGCAUCGAAGAUCUUCAUGCUCGUUUGGAUGACCGUUGUGGAGAGUUACAGUCGGCAGCCACUGCUGUUACACAGUUCAAUGAUGCCGUUAAAGCUCUGGGUGUUGAUUUAAAUGAUCUGGAGAGUCAAAUCGAUUCAUUAAGUCCACCGGCACGGGAAAUCAAGACGGUCAUAAAUCAACUAGAUGAGGUUGCUUCUAUUUUGAGUAAGAUUGAACGGAUUUCUAGUCAGGUUGGUGCUGUAGAACGUGCCGGCGAGCAGCUAGUAGAUUCUGGAUUCGCUCCAGAUACGGUUGCUACCCGAGAUCAAAUUGGAUCGGUUCGAAAGCAACUUGGCAAGCUAGAAAAUCGCACUCGUGAUCACGAUGACGCACUACAGAAGGCUUUGAAAGCAUUACAGAAAUUUUACGAUCUUCAUCAGAAUACGCUGGACAAUUUGAACGAUGUAGCCGAUCAGGUCAAGAAGCUAAAACCGGUAAGCUCGGAAUUGGAACAGAUUCGCCAUCAGCAAGAAGAUUUCCGUCGUUUCAAACAACGCUAUGUGGAACCAUUAGUGGUAAACAUUGAUGAAGUGAAUCGAACCGGUCAGGAUCUGAUACGAUCCGCUCAGGGAGGUGUUCCAACUGGUGUCUUGGAGAAGGAUCUUGAGAAGAUCAAUGAUAAAUGGAAUGAUUUGAAGGAGAAGAUGAACGAGCGCGAUCGUCGGUUAGAUGUGGGUCUGUUACAGUCGGGUAAAUUCCAGGAAGCUUUGGACGGCUUAUCGAAGUGGCUGAAGGAUACGGAAGAAAUGGUGGCAAACCAAAAACCGCCAAGCGCCGACUACAAGGUCGUCAAGGCUCAACUUCAAGAACAGAAGUUCUUGACGAAAAUGCUGAUGGAUCGUCAAAAUUCAAUGUCUUCAUUGUUCCAGUUGGGCCAAGAAGUAGCCGCGGGUUGUGAACCGUCCGAAAAGGCAGCCAUCGAGCGUCAACUUAAGGAAUUGAUGGGUCGUUUCGAUGCUCUAACCGAUGCUGCACAAACCCGUACCCUCGAUUUGGAACAGGCGAUGCACGUGGCAAAACAAUUCCAAGAUCAACUGAACCCGCUCACGAAGUGGUUGGAUGGUGCUGAACGGGCUGUCAAAGCGAUGGAACUGGUUCCAACUGAUGAGGAGAAAAUUCAGCAACGUAUAAUCGAACACGAACGUCUACACGAUGAGAUUCUUUCCAAGCAGCCAGACUUUAGCGAGUUGGCCGAUAUCGCCGGUCAGUUGAUGGAGCUGGUUGGCGACGAUGAAGGUGUUGUGCUCAGCGAAAAAGUUAAAAACACCACAGACAGAUACACCGAUUUGGUACAAGCUAGUGAAAAUAUUGGACAAAUUUUGAAUGAUUCACGGCAGGGUUUGCGCCAUUUGGUGCUCACCUAUCAGGAUCUAGUGUCGUGGAUGGAAAACAUGGAGAAUCGCCUUCAACGUUUCCGUGUCAUCCCGGUGCACACCGAGAAACUUUUGGAACAAAUGGAUGUGCUUGUUGAGUUGAAUGAAGAUAUUGCCAGUCGUUCGCCGAAUGUAGAAUCAACGGUUGAAGCUGGAUCUGAACUGAUGAAGCACAUUUCUUCCGAUGAAGCUCUACAACUGAAGGACAAGCUUGAUUCACUGCAGCGUCGUUACGGAGAGCUAACAACCAAGGGAGGCGAUCUUUUGAAACACGCCCAAGAUGCUCUACCUUUGGUACAGCAGUUCCACCAAUCACACAUUCGAUUGGUUGACUGGAUGCAGGCAGCUGAAUCUACUUUGGCUACUGGGGAUUCCAAUGAAAUAGAUAUUGUGCGCUUGGAAGGCGAUUUAUCCGAAAUGCGACCAGUCUUGGAAGCCGUCAACUCUAUUGGCCCUCAACUGUGUCAAAUUUCACCUGGAGAAGGUGCGUCUACAAUCGAAGGAAUUGUUACUCGUGACAACCGACGUUUCGAAGCGAUCGUUGAACAAAUUCAAAGGAAAGCGGAACGUUUGCAUCUGAGCAAACAACGGUCCAAUGAAGUCACAGCCGAUAUUGACGAGCUGCUCGAAUGGUUCCGAGAUAUGGAUGCUACCUUACGAGAUGCAGAACCUCCAGCGAUGACUCCCAAAUUGGUGCGAGCUCAACUUCAAGAGCACCGUUCAAUCAACGACGAUAUCUCUAGUCAAAAGGGUCGUGUACGUGAUGUCACCUCUGCCGCCAAGAAGGUACUACGGGAGUCUCAACCGAAUAAUAAUACGAUUGCUCUGCGCGAGAAAUUGGAAGACCUUAAGGAAGUUGUCGAUACGGUGGCUGGUUUAUGUUCCAACAGGCUGGCCGUACUUGAACAAGCCCUGCCUCUAUCGGAACACUUUGCUGACUCUCACAGUGGAUUGGUCACCUGGCUGAAUGACAUGGAACAUCAAAUUUCCAUGCUUGCUAUGCCCGCUUUGCGUCUAGAUCAAAUUGCCAUCCAGCAGGACAAAAACGAGCGUUUAACCCAAUCUAUCGCUGAACAUAAACCUUUGCUAGAUAAGCUGAACAAAACGGGUGAAGCUUUAAUUGCGCUGGUUGCUGAUGAUGACGCUGCCAAAAUAAGUGAAAUUGUCGAAUCAGACAAUGCUCGGUAUGCUGCUCUCCGUACAGAACUUCGGGAACGCCAAAACGCCCUUGAACAAGCUCUACAAGAGUCUAGUCAAUUCUCCGAUAAACUUGAAGGAAUGCUGCGUGCCCUGCAAAAUACUGCCGAACAAGCCAAUCAGGCUGAUCCGAUUUCCGCCCAUCCACCGAAGAUAAGAGACCAAAUCGAGGACAACGCGGCCCUGAUUGAAGACAUCGACAAACGAGGGGAAGCAUUCGCUGCUGUUAAACGAGCUGCCACUGACGUUAUCUCUAAGGCCAGCAACCAAUCCGAUCCAGCCGUUCGGGAUAUCAAGAAAAAGCUAGACAAACUGAACAAUCUUUGGAAUGAGCUACAGAAAACAACAUCCAAACGCGGAGCUUCUCUGGAGAACACUCUGGCGGUUGCUGAGAAAUUCUGGAAAGAGAUGCAAGCCGUUAUGGAAACUCUCAAGGAGCUCCAGGAAGCGCUGCAAACACAGGAACCACCGGCAGCGCAACCGCAGGCCAUCCAGAAGCAGCAAGUUGCGUUGCAAGAGAUCCGACAAGAAAUUGAUCAGACAAAACCAGAAGUGGAACAAGUUCGUCGUACCGGUAGUAAUUUGAUGUCACUCUGCGGUGAGCCCGACAAGCCGGAAGUUAAGAAACACAUCGAAGAUCUGGAUCACGCUUGGGAUAACAUCACGGCACUGUACGCUAAGAGAGAGGAAAAUUUGAUCGAUGCUAUGGAGAAGGCCAUGGAAUUCCACGAGACGCUCCAGAAUCUGUUGAACUUCCUGGCUAAGGCAGAGGAUCGCUUCCAGAAGCUAGGUCCGCUAGGAUCUGACAUUGAAGCGGUCAAGAAGCAAAUCGAACAACUGAAACAUUUCAAGGACGAUGUCGAUCCCCACAUGGUAGAGGUGGAGGCUCUGAACAGAGCAUUGUGCAGGCAAGCAAUCGACCUAACGGAACGUACCUCAGCGGAACAGGCAAGUGCUAUUCGGGAACCGCUGAAUUCCGUUAACCGUCGCUGGGAGAAUCUGUUGCGUGGAAUGGUCGAACGGCAGAAGCAGCUGGAGCAUGCCCUACUACAUCUUGGCCAAUUCCAGCAUGCUCUGAACGAAUUGCUGGUUUGGAUCAGCAAAACUGACGCCAAUCUGGAUGAGCUGAAACCGAUUCCUGGGGAUCCGCAGUUGCUGGAAGUAGAGCUAGCUAAGCUGAAGGUGCUAGCGAACGACAUUCACGCACAUCAGAGUUCGGUCGAUACGUUGAAUGACGCGGGUAGGAGAUUAAUCGAAAACGAUCGUGGUUCGUUGGAAGCUUCUACUACACAGGACAAGUUGCAGCAACUGAACAAACAAUGGAGAGAUUUACUGCAGAAGGCUGCUGAUCGACAGCACGAAUUGGAAGAAGCACUGCGCGAAGCACAAGGCUUUACCGCGGAGAUACAAGAUCUGCUCGGUUGGCUGGGUGAUGUUGAUGCCGUGAUUGGUGCCAGCAAACCGGUCGGAGGGCUACCGGAGACCGCCUCCGAACAAUUGGAACGUUUUAUGGAAGUUUAUAACGAGCUAGAGGAGAACAGACCAAAGGUUGAAACUUUAAUUGCACAAGGACAGGAGUAUGUCAGGAAGCAAACGCACCUUCAAGUAUCGGCAAGCAAUUUGCAGCAUACGUUGAGAACCCUGAAGCAACGAUGGGAUGCCGUUGUUUCUAGAGCAUCGGAUAAGAAGAUCAAAUUAGAAAUUGCUCUUAAGGAAGCAACCGAAUUCCACGAUGCUCUUCAGGCGUUUGUGGAAUGGUUGACUCAAGCGGAGAAACAAUUGUCGUCCGCAUCGGCUGUUUCGCGAGUAUUGGAAACCAUUCAACAGCAAAUGGAAGAGCACAAAACACUGCAAAAAGAUGUAUCUAUCCAUCGGGAAUCGAUGUUGCUUUUGGAUAAAAAGGGCACUCACUUGAAGUACUUCAGUCAGAAGCAAGACGUUAUUUUGAUCAAGAAUCUUCUUGUUUCGGUGCAACAUCGAUGGGAGCGCGUAGUAGCAAAGGCUGCAGAAAGAACGCGCGCUUUGGAUCACGGAUACAAAGAAGCACGUGAGUUCCAUGAUGCUUGGUUGCAGUUGACCACGUGGUUGAAGGAAACCGAAACCACACUUGAUACGCUUUCGGAAGAAACCACUAACGAUGCGAUAAAGAUUAAGAAACACCUGGAAAAAUUGCGGGAAAUCCAACGUCAUUUGCAAUCGAAGGAAAGUUUCUACGAUAGCACAAUGCGCAAUGGUAAAGGUUUGAUGGAUCGUGCUCCGAAAACCGACGAACCAGUAUUGUCAAAGAUGAUGAACGAAUUGAAGGAUUCCUGGAAACGUGUGUGUCAUAAAAGCGUCGAGCGUCAACGCAAAUUCGAGGAGGCUUUGCUGCUAUCUGGACAAUUUGCGGAUGCUCUACAAGCUCUGCUGGAAUGGUUACGAAAGGCUAAGACGCGUCUGUCCGAGGAUGGUCCAGUGCAUGGUGAUCUAGACACGGUUACAACUCUUUUCGAUCACCAUAAACAACUGGAGUCCGACUUGGACAAACGAUCGGCGCAAAUGCAAACUGUUAUGAAGACUGGCAAGGAUUUGGAGAAAUCGGAUGAAACCAGGGAAACAAGCAAACAUUUGAAGGAAUUGCAGAAAUUGUGGGAGGAUGUCCAGGAACUGAGUGCUCGUAGAAAGUCGCGUUUAGAAGUGGCACUGAAGGAAGCGGAACGCUUGCAUAAAUCGGUUCAUAUGUUACUGGAAUGGUUGUCGGAGGCCGAGCAGAAGCUGCGUUUCGUUGCGGCUGCUCCAGAUGACGAAGCACAGGCCAACGAUCUACUGGAUGAACAUGCCAGGUUUAUGAAAGAGCUACGGGAGAAAGAAUACGACAAGGAAGAAACCCUUGGACUUGCCAACGCUAUUCUUGGCAAGGCUCAUCCGGAUGCCAUCCCAAUAAUCAAGAACUGGAUUUCAAUCAUUCAGUCCCGUUGGGACGAAAUAUCCCAGUGGGCAUUGAACCGUCAGAGCAAGCUGGAAGCUCAGCUCAAAUCACUGAAGGAUUUGGAUGACUCGAUUGAAGAACUGUUGGCUUGGUUGGCCGGACUGGAAGCAACGUUACUGAACCUAGAGCAAGAGCCACUACCGGAUGAAAUUCCUCCGCUGGAGGCGUUGAUUACCGAUCACAAAGAAUUCAUGGAAAACACUGCCCGUCGGCAGAGCGAAGUGGAUCGUGCUUGCAAGCCGCGUCAACCACCGCCAGGAUUGAAGGAAGCGCGAAAGCCAUCCCGUGGUGUGCUCAAGACCCCAGUAAGAGGAUCACAACCAGAUUUGCGCGAGCAUUCACCAGACUACGGCACACUAGGAAGAAAGCAAAGUUUCAAAGGAUCACGAGAUCAAGGGCUUAAUUCGCGUCGAACAAGUCGCGUGAGUCCAGGACGCGAAACCCAGACACCGGAACGGGAUCGCCUGCCGCACUAUGGUCCACGAUUUUUACAAAGCAAUCAACCGGAGACGGAAUUACGCUCUCCCCGUGCCAAACUGCUGUGGGACAAAUGGCGCUACGUGUGGAUGCUAGCGUGGGAACGUCAGCGACGUCUGCACGAUCAUUUGCUAUAUCUGCAGGAUCUGGAACGUGUGCGACAGUUCAGCUGGGAGGAAUGGCGCAAACGUUUCCUCAAGUUUAUGAACCACAAAAAGUCUCGCCUGACGGAUCUGUUCCGCAAAAUGGACAAGGACAACAAUGGAUUGAUCCCGCGGGAAGUUUUCAUCGAUGGAAUCAUCGGAACGAAAUUCGACACGUCGAAGCUGGAAAUGAACGCAGUGGCAGAUUUGUUCGAUCGCAAUGGCGAGGGUUUGAUCGAUUGGCAGGAGUUUAUUGCUGCAUUGCGGCCUGAUUGGCAGGAUCGUAAGCCUGCAACCGAUGCGGACAAAAUUCACGACGAAGUCAAACGAUUGGUAAUGCUGUGUACAUGUCGGCAAAAGUUCCGUGUGUUCCAGGUCGGCGAAGGCAAAUAUCGGUUUGGAGAUUCCCAGAAACUGCGUCUCGUACGUAUUCUCCGGAGUACUGUGAUGGUUCGCGUCGGAGGAGGAUGGGUGGCACUUGACGAAUUCUUAGUCAAGAACGAUCCUUGCAGAGUUGCGCUAGUGCUACCGCUUCCCAACCCGAAAGAUCCGCGCCAGCACGAAGCAUGCUGUCCUCUGUCCAAGGGACGCACCAACAUCGAACUGCGAGAGCAAUUCAUACUGGCCGACGGCGUUUCGCAAUCGAUGGCCGCGUUCAAACCGCGCAUGUCCGGCUCGGCCGGAUCGGGAUCGACUCAUGCGGGCUCACCCAUCCCGACUCAAGGCCCGAUUGUGAAGGUACGGGAACGAUCGUCUAAAUCGAUUUCGAUGUCACGACCGUCUCGAUCGUCACUGUCGGCAUCCACACCCGAUUCUCUCAGUGAUAACGAAAGUAGCAUAGGAACACCAGGACGUUUCCAGACGCCCAACAGAAAAACUUCAGUGCCAAUAAGAUCUCAAAUGACCCCUGGUGGCUCGAGAACCAACUCUAGACCUAGCUCACGGCCGGCCAGUCGUGCCGGAUCGAAGCCACCAUCCCGUCAUGGAUCAACAUUGUCGUUGGACAGCACUGACGAUGCCACCCCAUCGAGAAUACCAACUCGGCGAAUUACCAGUACGACGACUCCGAGACCGUCGCGGCUAUCGGUAGGUUCUACGAGUGGAACGAGAACCACUACAACCACCAAUGGCGUCUCUUCACGGACGGCGUCAGGAGCAGCUUCGCCAGCACCGACUAGAAACGGUGGCAUGAGUCGAUCAUCAAGUAUACCAACUCUAAUAGGACUACCAAAUAGCAGCCAACGCUCUCGGAUACCGGUGAGACAGACGUCUAACGUCUCAAACUCAUCUUCAGCAACCGGGAAAACGAGCGGAACGUCGACCCCGUCCGGAAUGCAGACUCCAAGGCGAACCUCGGUAGAACCGCAGACGCCGGGCAGUGUUCGACCCGAUCGAAGCUCGCGAGGAACUACGCCUAUCGAGAAGCGUGCCCCGUUUAGACUGUAGGAUGGGAACCGGUUGCUCGCCGAAGGAUGAUGAGGGGGCCCGGUUUCCGAAUCGACCAUUCUAAGAUAAUGACGAACGAAAGCGAGAAGAGAAGCUUUACGAAGCAGCGUGCUAACCAAUAACAAACACUUCUCCGUUGCUGUACGACGUUCGGAAUAAGCCGGACACAACCGGAAAAGAAAUGCUCUUCUAGCAACAGAAAUCGUCAUUUGUACUAAUCAGUUCAAAAGUAUGUUUUUGUUUUUUUUCUAUUAUGUUAAGAAUUGCUUUUCUUCGCGCAGAAGAAUUAAAACUGCAAUACUAAUCAAUGAUGAUGAUUAGAAACUUUGUAACGAUCGUUUAAAUAUGUAGUAAAAGUUUGUUUUUUUAGCUACAACCAGUGAAAUAGUCCCCUAAAAGUCUGCCAAGAAGAACAGGAGAAGACCCUACAAAAUGUAAAUAUUUUAGAAUAGGAACAGAAUAAAAUGCUGUAAAAAUUCAUUUGAAAACAAUUGAGAGGGAAACAUCAAAGACAGUUUGUAGUUGUUGGAUUUUCGAGGAAACCAUUCAUUUUACAAGUACACAAUUAUUAAAUUUUCUAUUCGUCGUUAAAUAGGGGACUUUAAAUAUACAAAACAAUAAAAAACAGUCCCAAAUAGACGCGGAACAUUGAUUGAAGAAAAUCGCCAGUUCUUCAAUCAAUGUUCCGCUUUUAGUAUGGGAUGAAAGAGCCGUGUUUGAGUGUGAGUAUUACCACGUGUUCAACUGACAGUACCGCAAGUGUGAACGUAAAACCGAACGAAUGAAAAGAGUGUUGUUUUUGUUUAUAUUUUUAAUUUAUAUUUAUUGUCUACACGGUAAGAACUUUAAUUUUGAUUAUUUUGUCAUUGAAAAAAAAAAAACAAAUCCAUUCAUUUGUUCGGAAAAGGAUCGCCAGCCUUUUUCGGCAACCCAAAUGGAUUCCCGGCAAGUUGUAUUUUUUGUUUGUUUAUAUCGUUUUUGCCAAUCGCGAGAUGCUCUUUCGAAAACAGACCGACCAAUUGGACGGGGUGAAAUCGCCAGUUUUCCCUGCCCGGGUUGUUGCCUUUUUGACGCGACAGCAUCUCAACCGCUGAACGUAACGUCAUUCAAUUUUGUGCUCGCAAGAAUUGCAGCCUUGGGUUCGAGCUUUCAACUACUGCAACAGCAAAGUAAAUUGCCGAAAUAACAUGCUAGGGAUACACGUUUAAGCAGUUAUUAAUUCAUUAACUACAACAAAAGUCAUUUAGCUCCGUAAGACAAGAAUAUUAUUAGGGAUGUAUUGCAAAUAUUAAUGUAACUAAUAAGAGAAAUUGCUAAGCUGUUUUUGAAAUUGAAGUUUAAAAUAGAUUUUUUACGAAAAAAAGAAUAAAGAAAACUAUCACAUAAAAACGAAUAAUUCCUAAAAUAAAGUAAAAAAAAUAAGACAGAUAACUCCUACUAGCUUACAAAUUAACUUCACCAAUUUCUCAAGUAUGGAAGUUGAAUUUUACUACAUGUGAUUCAAAAUUUAACAAUGGAAAAAAUCUCAUAAAAAUAAUAAACGAAAUAAUCCAA